AAUUAGUCAGUGGCGACUUUUCUGUUUCGCGCCAUUGGAGUGUAUGGGCGCAUUUCCCGGUACCCGGUGAGGCGUUUCGGGCGCCCCUUACCCUUACCCAGCGGGACAUGCAUUGGGUACCCUGCAGGCUGGGCAUUUAUCCCCCCGGUACCGCCCAUGCCUGACUGUGCCGCAGUACCGGGACCGGGGGGGGGGGUCUCUAGCGCAGAGUGUGACCCUGACUGACCUCCAGCGGCCCCGCCCACUCACUCACGCAGCCCCUGUACCUUUAAAAGCUGGCCCCGCCCCUGUCGGUACAUGACGCGCUGAUUCAGAACAUUGGGGAUCAGUCCGGCUCCGAGCGCGGAAGAGAUAGUAGCACCAUGCCUCACCAGUACCCAGCACUGACCCCCGAGCAGAAGAAGGAGCUCCAUGACAUCGCCAAACGCAUUGUGGCCACUGGCAAGGGCAUCCUGGCAGCCGAUGAGUCCACAGGCAGCAUCGCUAAGCGCUUGAGUUCCAUCGGGGCAGAGAACACCGAGGAGAACCGCCGCUUAUACCGCCAGCUGCUCUUCACCGCCGACGACAGAGUGAACCCCUGCAUUGGGGGCGUCAUCACCUUCCACGAGACUCUCUACCACAAGAGCGACGAUGGCGUCGCCUUCACCGAAGUCAUCAAGAAAAAAGGGGGUGUCGUAGGCAUUAAGGUUGACAAAGGUGUCGUCCCUCUGGCUGGAACCAACGGUGAAACCACAACUCAAGGUCUCGACGGACUGUCCGAGCGCUGCGCCCAGUACAAGAAAGAUGGCGCUGACUUUGCCAAGUGGCGCUGCGUGCUCAAGAUCUCAGAACACACUCCCUCUCAUCUGGCCAUCAUUGAGAAUGCCAACGUAUUGGCUCGCUAUGCCAGCAUUUGCCAACAGAACGGAAUUGUCCCCAUUGUGGAGCCCGAGGUUCUCCCUGAUGGAGACCAUGACCUGAAGAGGUGCCAGUAUGUGACAGAGAAGGUCCUGGCUGCAGUGUACAAGGCUCUCAGCGACCACCACAUCUACCUGGAAGGGACCCUGCUGAAACCAAACAUGGUUACCCCCGGGCAUGCCUGCACCAAGAAGUACCCCCCUCAGGAGGUUGCUAUGGCAACAGUCACCGCCCUCAGGCGCACAGUGCCCCCUGCUGUUGGAGGAAUCACCUUCCUGUCCGGAGGUCAGAGUGAGGAAGAGGCCACCGUGCACCUCAAUGCCAUCAACCAGUGCCCCCUGAUCAAACCCUGGCCCCUGACCUUCUCCUACGGCCGUGCCCUUCAGGCCUCCGCCCUCAAAGCCUGGGGGGGCAAGAAGGAAAACACCAAGAAGGCCCAGGAGGAGUACGUCAAGCGUGCCCUGGCCAACAGCCUGGCAUGCCAAGGCAAAUACGUAGCCAGCGGAGAGGCGGGAGCUGCUGCCGGCGAGUCUCUCUUCGUAUCAAACCACGCCUACUAGACUUCCUACUCCUCCUAGUCACUGUGGUGGCCGCUUCCAUUUGCCUAGUGAGGGGCUCCUCCCCUGCAGAGCGGUUAGCCCCUCCCCAAUGUAGAGACCCGCCUGCGGAACAUUAGCUAAGCCAUUCCCCUUGCUGGAGAGAGAGAGAGACUGCGGACUGAGCGUUGCUAUGGUGAUUCCUGGACAGUCCAGCAGAGGGCGUGAAUGACGUGUGUGAGUGUGAGAGAGAGCGACUGUCUGUCUCCGGGCUACGUGCACCUCCUGUAUCUGUAUUCUCGGCUCUGAGUCACUGUUCUAUGUGUCACUGCUGAACAAACCCUCAAUAAAGCAGUUUCUGACCCACUCA